AUGGAUUCCGUACAGAUGAUAUCGCACAUUGAAAAAUCGCUCAACUACUCGGUGUACGACGUCAAGUGGAUUCCUUGUACAGCCAAAUUCGUGGUCAUAGGUUCGAAACCGAAAGGCACGGGAACGGUGCAAAUUUACGAGCUAAAUCGUGGCACGCUCGAUCUAGUCAGGGAGACGGAAAAGGAGAAAUCGAUAAAAUGUUGCUCGUUCGGUGCGUCCAAGCUUCGUACCGAGCAUCUGGCGGUGGGUGAUUUUGCAGGCAAGCUUGCGAUUUACGAUCUGGACCGGCUCGAAACGCCCGUGUAUGAGGUGAACGCACACGAAGGAAUCAUCAACACGAUCGAUGCGAUCGGAGGAUCGACGGUGAACUGUGGUGCGCCGGAAAUUGUCACCGGUGGGCGGGAUGGUUCGGUGAAGGUGUGGGAUCCCCGUCAGCCGAACGAUCCGGUCGCGAACAUCUGUCCGGCGAGUGAGAAUAUGAAUGAACGGCGCGAUUGUUGGGCGGUUGGAUUUGGCGAUUCUUACAAUCCAGUGGAACGAGUAGUUUGCUCCGGAUACGACAACGGUGAUCUGAAACUGGUCGAUUUGCGGAACUUGAAGCUGCGCUGGGAAACGAACGUAAAGAAUGGUAUCUGUUCGGUUGAGUUCGACCGGAAGGAUAUACGCAUGAACAAGCUGGCUGUGAGUACGUUGGAAGGUGGUUUGUUUGUGUACGAUAUGCGUACGCAACAUUCGGAGAAAGGAUUUGCUUCGGUAAGAGAAAAAACCGUAGGUCAAUCGCUCGGCACGAAUGGUGUUAUCAGCGGGGCGAAGUCGACCGUCUGGACAGUUAAGCAUCUGCCACAGAACAGGGACAUUUUCAUCACCGGCGGUGGAUCGGGAAAUGUUCGUGUAUGGCUUUACCACUAUCCGGAGAAACGUACCAAAACAUUAUCCGAUGGACAAGAACAAGGUGUAGCUGGAUCGCUGGAAAUGCUCCACGCAACAACGCUUUCCACCCAACCUGUGCACACGUUUGACUGGAGCCCGGAUCGACAGGGUUUGGCCGUGUGUGGAUCGUUCGAUCAGACCGUGCGUGUGUUGAUUACUACCAACCUGAACUUACAUUAA